GUUUGCCGAAUUGUGUUCAUCUUUACGAAAAUGGGAAGGUUAAUACGGUUUUCCCAAAUCCUCUGCCUUUCCUUCAUGUUGUUACAGUUUCGAGUCCAAAGCUCCUCACCUUCUCAAUCUUCUCUUGAUUCACCGCCACAUUUGUGCCGUCCCGAAGAGCGCGCUGCAUUGCUUGAUUUCACAAGCACUAUUAAUUUGGUGGAAGAUUGUUUUGGUGGUCCUCGUCCUAUAAUACAAACUUGGAGCGAGAGUAAGACUGCUGCUUGUGGGAGGGCAUCACAUGCGACAAGCCGAACGGUCAUUUACAACUAUGAAUUAAGAGGUAAUUUUCUUGGGUCAAAUUGGAGUAGUCUUCUCAAGUAUUUUUAUCUUACAAAGACAAGCUUCUUAGGAGAGUUGCCUCAUUCAAUCGGAAAGCUUAAACUCCUAGAGGAAUUGAAUCUCAAUAGCUGUCAAUUUUAUGGAUCAAUUCCUAGAUCUCUUGCAAAUCUUACCAAGAUAACUUACCUAGAUUUUGAUUCCAACCUUUUGCAAGGGCAAAUUCCAGAUGUUUUUAGAAAAAUGCACAAGCUAACUCAUUUGAGCCUUCUUAAUAACAGUUUUGGUGGUGAAAUUCCUACAUCAAUCUUCAACCUCACUGAUCUUACUCAUUUGACACUGUCAUCAAAUAAGCUUAUAGGGCCUCUUCCUCACUAUAUAAGUGGACUCUCAUUUUUACAAGAGUUUCGAAUGGAUAAUAAUUUCAUCAAAGGUCGUAUACCAUCUUGGUUGUUUUCUUUGCCUUCUUCAUCCUUUUUAGACCUUCGAAACAAUAGACUUACCAGACCUAUUGACAAUGUUGAGAUGUCUAAUCUCAUUUUACAAGAAGUUGAUUUGUCCAAUAAUGAGAUAAGUGGUUCAUUUCCCAGCUCUUUCUUUCAUCUUGUGAAUCUUGCUAGGGUCGACCUUUCUUCAAAUAAUUUAAGUGGGACCAUUACACCUGAAAUGCUUUCGAAGCUGGUAGACCUUCGGUAUCUUGAUCUUUCCAACAAUAGUUUGCUGUCUGUGAACAAUAAUGAUACCAGUGUCUACUAUUCCUUCCCGAACCUUUCGUCUUUAAGAUUCUCUUCUUGCAACAUACUCAAGUUUCCAAGUUUCUUAAGGAAGGCAGAGAGUUUGCUACACUUGGAUAUUUCCAAGAACAAUAUUUCUGGUCAAAUUCACAAAUGGGAAAUAGAAGGGAUGUCAUUGUAUACCUUAAACCUUUCUUAUAAUUUCUUGACUGGUAUAGAUUCAUUUGGUUUUGGAAAUCUUGAAAUUGUUGACCUCAGAUCCAACUUACUACAAGGAUCACUUCCCAUUCUAUCAGCAACUUGGGAUUCUAUGCAACAACUCUUCAUUUCAGAGAAUAAUUUGACUGGUGAAAUCCCUUCUUCUUAUUGCAAUUUGACUUCUCUUAUAGUUCUGGACUUAGCUAAUAAUAAUUUGGGAUGAAAAAUUCCAUAAUGUCUUGGAAACUUGAGAAAUCUCUUAAUCUUGGAUCUGCAUAUGAAUAAGUUUCAUGGUAGAAU